GGAGCGUGAAGGAAGAGGAGGAGCAUAUCCACGAGAAGAGGAGAUAAUAAAAUAGAAUAUGCCGGAGGAGAGGGAUCAGGGAAGGAGGAGAGCACAGAAGCAGGUAGUGCCACGUGGGACACUACCUGGCAUUCUGGCAAGUAGACACCGCAUCAAAUAACCAAAUGCCUUUUCGUUCUUUUUCGUCUACGCCGCUCCUUCUUCUCCAUUCAUCGAAUCAUCUUUUCUUCUAUUGACGUACUGCUCUUCUAGAAUCUAGAUCGACCCCUUUCGGACCGAAAUUGGGAAUAUAGAGAACAACCCUAACGACUGAAGAUUCCCGAUUUUGGGUCUGCUGUUUUCUUUCGUAGCGUCAUUUGAGGUAUUCUUGUUGUUCUUUCUAUUGGAUCAUUGCGGAUUCUGGUUUUAAUUCUAACAAUAUAGAUUGAGGAUUGGAGUUUCUUGUUGCUGGUGUGGAAUUUUUUUUGGCAAUGAUUCGUAUUGUCGGGGAUUUUGAUAAGUUAUUGGAUGAGUAUUGUUAUUUGUUCCGCAAAGUUUAAUGGUGGAGUGGAUUGUAUUGGGGUUUGAUGUGAUUUUCAAAAGCUUGGGAGGCAUAUGGUGUCAUUGAUUCUCCCAUGUGUAAUAAAAGAAUUGCUUGCUUGAACCAGUCUGGUAGUGUUACGUCAAUCCAUAAUCAGCAAGGCCUUCAAACUGUGUACUUGAUGGAUACACCUUCUACGUCCCCCACUUUUGGUUCUAGGUCUGCAACUGGUUCGACACCGGGUUCAAAUGAUGAUACUCCGCGUGUAAAGUUCUUAUGUAGCUUUUUAGGUCGUAUAAUGCCUCGUCCCCAAGAUGGGAAAUUGCGUUAUGUUGGUGGGGAGACAAGGAUUGUGAGUGUCCCUAGGGAUAUCAGUUAUCAGGAGUUGAUGAGCAGAAUGAGGGAACUUUAUGAAGAGGCAGCUUUUUUGAAGUAUCAACAACCUGAUGAGGAUCUUGAUGCUCUGGUCUCAGUUGUCAAUGACGAUGAUGUUACUAAUAUGAUGGAGGAAUACGAAAAGUUGGGUUCUGGUGAUGGAUUUACUAGACUCAGGAUUUUCCUCUUUUCACAUCCUGACCUAGAUGGCUCAUUGCAUUAUGUUGAUGGGGAUGAUCAGGAAAGUGAGAGGCGGUAUGUGGAUGCACUAAAUAAUUUGAAUGAUGGUAAUGAAUUUAGGAGGCAGCAGCAACCUGAGUCCCCUGUGCCUAGACUAGUAGACGAUAUCUAUUUGGCUGAGCGGUACUUUAAUCCAAUGAGUCUUGAGGCUAGCCUUCACGGUCAGAGGGGUUUGGAGAUGCCACCGCCACAUUAUAAUUCGCACCUUACCAUUCCUCAUUUGGGAUCCGGACAGCACCAGCAACCUGUUAGGUAUAAUGAAAUGGAAGAUCAAUGGAGUCCUGCAUGCUAUUCGCCUAGGCAUCACCAUGAUCCAAGACCAUUGUGGGAGUUUCCAUCUUCUCCAUCCUCGGCCCGUUACCGUAUGCCAUUUGGGGAAUUACCUGAUAAAUGUAUGGACAGAAUGCCUGAAGAGUAUGCCAGGCAGCAAGUCAAUCAUCAUGCUACUUAUGAGCACCAGCCCCAAUUUUCUGAUAAUGUAGCAUGGAUGCCGGCUGGAGCAAUGUCUAAUGAUAAGGGUGGUUUUCCAGGAAAUUUACUUCAUGAUGCCAAUAUUUCUGAAGGAAACAGUUUCUGUGAGCACUGCUGUGUGACUUUCCCAAGAAAUCAACUGCAUCUAGAGCAGCCCAACAUUGCAAAUGGACAUCCUCAGGCUGGCACCACUUGUGUUGAGUGCCCUGCCAAUAUGGAAACUUUCAUGUUGAAUGUGGAGCCAAAGCUACAACCUGGAAUUUUUCCUAAAGAUCAAAAUGAUCCUCGAUCAAUUUAUAAUGAUGUACAUGGUCAUGAAAGAGGAUGGAUUACGCAGCAUCAAUUGAAUUCUCGAGUUGAGGAAGCAAGAACACGUAUCUCUGGAGCUGGAAGAUUAAAUGAGCACUACAUUAUGGAUGGUCCUUCUAUGAAUUUUCCUAUUGGCCAUACUAAUUUAGGGGAAGGUCAUCAUGUCUCGUCUAGUUAUAUUUAUCAUCGAGCUGGGUCUCAAAUAGGAAGUGAAGUGUUUCAUGAUCAGGUUGUGCAUGCUGCCCCACACCUGCAUAUUCAUCCCCCUGAAGAACGUGGGGUCCAACAUGGAAAUUUCCCCUAUGCUUCUGGAACAGAUGCUGUUUACCCGGUCUCACAUGGACAUAUGCACAUGCAAACUUCAUGGAGAAAUGUUCAGAACCCAGUGCAUGGUGUUCCCUCCUAUGAAGUCUCUAGUGCAACCCCGCCACUGAAUGGUUCCAUUAGUCCAGUCGUUUUUAGGGGUUCAGCGGAGGGUAAUCCAGGAUUUGUUACUGGAGCAGAUAAUCAACAUCUUUGGGUUGAUUCCUCUCAGAAAAUAAUGUUUGAUGGGACGGCUGGCCCAGAAUAUUCUUAUAGACAAUCUCUUAGAGUACGCCAGAAACCUCAUCAACUGGAAAACCAUAGCUCACUUCAUCCCGACCCUAUCCGUUCCACCCCUGAGAUACUAAGCUUUCCAAACCCUAGAGAUCCAGUACAGGUACAGGACUCAUCUUCCACUUCAGUUCAUGAUAAAGUGGUCUCUCCAACUUUUUCUGGUUAUAGCCCAAGACAGAAGAAUAUUAUCAGUUUUACUGAAAAAGAGAGAGAAGCUAACAAUACUGAAAAGGCUGAAAACGUGGUUGUGCCAAGCGGAUGUUUUCCAACUAUUGCUGAUAACCAACAUGGGGAGAUAUCGCAUGAAUCAAGAGAUUUAAAUUUUGUAGGACCUGCUGAAGAUAGUGAUGUUGCAAAACUUCUUGAAAAAGACCUGUCUGCCGCUCCAGAAGAUUCAAAGCUGUCAGUUGACCGCAUGAGUUUCUUGCCUGAGUUAAUUGCUUCUGUAAAGAAAGCAGCAUUGGAAGAUGCUGAGGAGGUGAAAGCUAAAGUUAAGGAAAAUGCUGAUUCGAUAAAGCUUGUUCCAGUGACAAAAGAAGCACAUGUAAAUGAACCUGAAACAGUGAAUUCCUAUGCUGAGGCGGAGUUGGAUUCUGAUGUUGACAACCCAAAGACUUGCAAAAUUGAGCCAACAAAGGCCGAGGAAGAAGCUAUUGCUAGGGGCCUACAGACAAUAAGAACUGAUGAUCUGGAGGAGAUACGAGAACUAGGUUCUGGAACAUAUGGAGCUGUUUACUACGGGAAGUGGAAGGGUUCUGAUGUGGCAAUAAAGAGAAUAAAAGCCAGCUGCUUUGCUGGACGACCUUCAGAAAGAGAACGGCUGAUAGCAGAUUUCUGGAAGGAGGCUUUGAUAUUGAGUUCAUUACAUCACCCAAAUGUUGUUUCUUUCUAUGGUAUCGUUCGGGAUGGCCCAGAUGGGUCUUUAGCAACAGUGACGGAAUUUAUGGUCAACGGAUCUCUGAAACAGUUUCUGAAGAAAAAGGACAGAACUAUUGAUCGCCGCAAGAGACUUAUCAUUGCUAUGGACGCUGCAUUUGGGAUGGAGUAUCUUCACGGAAAGAAUAUAGUGCAUUUUGAUUUGAAAUGUGAGAACCUGUUGGUUAAUAUGAGAGAUCCACAGCGCCCUGUGUGCAAGAUUGGUGAUUUGGGCUUAUCGAAGGUGAAACAACACACUUUAGUGUCCGGGGGUGUUCGUGGAACUUUACCUUGGAUGGCACCUGAGUUACUGAGCGGAAAAAGUCACAUGGUUUCAGAGAAGAUUGAUGUUUACUCAUUUGGGAUUGUUAUGUGGGAAUUGCUCACUGGAGAAGAACCUUAUGCUGAUAUGCAUUGUGCUUCCAUAAUUGGAGGAAUUGUGAAUAACACAUUACGUCCGCAAAUUCCAUCGUGGUGUGAUCCAGAAUGGAAGUCGUUGAUGGAAAGUUGUUGGGCCUCUGAUCCAGCUGAGAGGCCAUCAUUUUCAGAAAUUUCUCAAAAAUUGAGGAACAUGGCUGCUGCAAUCAAUGUGAAAUGAUUUUAGUUCACAGCAGCAGGUGUUUCACCCUUGCUGGCAUCUUCCUUGGUAAAUGUGAGAAAAAAUAAGAGGAAGCAUAGGAUAUAUAGCAGUUUAUAAUCAAUUGCUAGUUUUGAAGAAUAAGGCUAAUAAUUUACACUAUGCCUUGGCUUUAUCUCCUCAAGCCAUGAGAUGCCAUUGUUCUUUAUUGAAUGUAGCUCAAUGCAUUCUACUAAGAUAUACCUUGAAGCUACAGAAUAUACCGAGGGCUAUGGAUGAGUAAUCAAAAUGAGCUUGCUGUUUUUGAUGUUGACGAAACUCUGUCAUGGCUGAUUAUUAUCAGAGGCCAGACAGUCUUUUUGGGGGGGGAUCUGUAUAUAGGGUUGUGUUAUUUUGGUGUAUUCAACUUGUCCUAUGAUGCUAUAGAAUUUCUGGUGGAACUUGGAACCAAAUUAUUCUUUAUAUUUUAUUUUGUUGAUUCAUUUUCCUUCCAUCUUUAUACCACAAACUUGAUGAUUAUGCUCUUCAAGAUGCAAAGUGUAUAUGAUAAUUAUGCAAGCAAGGACCUUGUAUUAUCUUUUUGGCUGCUUUGAGAUAUAUAUGACAGUAGAGGCAUUGAAUCACACAGGAAUGAUUUCAAAUUCCUGAAUGCCUUGCAAGAUUUUAUGAACAUUUUACAUUGCAA